GUGGUCCAGUUGCGCCUCCAGUGAAAGCUAGGGAGGUGUGGCUAUCAGUUUCUCCAGCGAAGGGAGGAGCUGGCACCGCACAAAAAUGCAGCAUUUCACCAGCCUCUGUGCAUUAAUCGGGUAAACCACUUUUUACUGUGUUAAAACUAACCUAGAACAUGUUCCCCUGUUAGUGUGAUCCAUGCAUCAUUGGAUCUUCUCGGCCUUGGUUGGGCGAGCAAACGCGAGGAGCACCAAUGUCGCCAAAUAUGAUGGCAUCUCUGUGGUAGGAUGAGAAGUCCAGUGCCGCGCUUCAGGGACGUCGAGAGGCAGGCCGGUGGCCAGCAGCCCGCACAGUGUCUUCCUCCCUGUCAUGAGCGACAGAACAACAUGUGGUUCAUCAGAGAUGCCUGCGGCAUCGUUUGUGCGAUCAUCACCUGGUUUCUUGUCUUCUUUGCUGAGUUUGUCGUGCUGUUCCUCAUGCUGAUUCCAUCGAAGAACCUCACCUACUGCCUGGUGAACGGCACCCUGUUCAAUAGCCUGGCCUUCCUCGCCUUGGCGUCUCAUUUCAGAGCCAUGUGCACAGACCCGGGAGCCGUGCCAAAGGGCAACGCCACUAAGGAGUACAUUGAGAGCUUGCAGCUGAAGCCAGGCCAGGUGGUUUACAAAUGUCCCAAGUGCAGCAGUAUUAAGCCGGAUAGAGCUCACCACUGCAGUGUUUGCAAGCGCUGUGUACGGAAGAUGGAUCAUCAUUGCCCUUGGGUAAACAAUUGCGUCGGGGAAAAUAACCAAAAGUAUUUUGUGCUUUUCACAAUGUACAUUUGCCUGAUUUCUCUGCAUACCUUGGUCAUGGUGGUCUUUCAUUUUCUCUACUGCUUUGAAGAUGACUGGACAAAGUGCAGUUCCUUCUCCCCUCCAGCCACUGUCAUCCUCCUCAUCCUCCUGUGCUUUGAGGCCCUCCUCUUCCUCAUCUUCACCUCUGUGAUGUUUGGCACCCAAAUCCAUUCCAUCUGCACAGAUGAGACGGGCAUAGAGCAGUUGAAAAAGGAAGAGAGAAGAUGGGCUAAAAAAACAAAAUGGAUGAACAUGAAGGCGGUAUUCGGACACCCCUUCUCGAUAGCAUGGUUUAGCCCGUUUUCCACACCCGAACACGGGAAAGCCGACCCCUACCAGUAUGUGGUCUGAGCUCAGGAAGCUUUAAGCUAGAGACUCGAGUGCACUUGGACUGCCCUUAAAGAGCGUCUUUUAAUUAAUCCGGACUUGAGCGGAGCAUUUACCAGUGAGACUAAAUCACCUUCAUCUUUCUUUUUUUUUUCUUUUUUCAGGGAACAAAUCAUUGCAUAUCCAAUUAUUCUUGCCUCUUAUUUAUUUGAAUUAAAAACAGAAAGUGGAAGCUUCAUGUCAUACUCUCAAGCAUCUCUGCCUAGCUACACUGAAAUAAAGAUGAUGAUGUGCAGAUUAUAGAAGCCAAUUUAUGCUAAUAUAAUCACUAUUGUAAUCUCUUCAGAAUGUAACCUACUUUCUGAAAUACCUUCUUUUAAUUCCUUAUACCCAUCUAUGAUAUAAAACCCAUGUUCUUUCCUGGUUAACGGCAUAAGAGCACUGACAACCAUUCACUAAAAAGGAUUAUUAUUCUUACAGAUACAAGACAUUUUACACCAAGGGCCAUUUACACCAAGGAUGGUAAUAACCAUAACGAUAUCUAUAACUAUUGUAAUCAGGGCUUGACAUUAACUUUUUUUCUCACCAGCCACCGUGGCUAGUGGUUUUCCAAAGUUAUUAGCCACUCAGCAUUUUCACUGGCCACAAUUUUGACAUCGAUUCCAUGGGUAAAACUGACAUAUAGAUAUUUUUGA